CAGUUUAUCUUUGAUCAGAUAAGGAAAGCAUUUCUUCUGAACGUUGGACUGUGCAAUAUUUGUAGUGACAUUAGCUAAAAUGUGACAGCAUCGUUAAUAUCAAGGUUGUUAUAUAUUGUAAUAUGAUAUUGAACUUCGAUACAUUUCAUAUAUCAUAUCAAAUUAUAUUUUUGUUUUGGUUGGCAACACAUUAUGGAGCAAAUGGGCAGGAAAGUCCUCCCGAAGUUACCAAGAAGCCAUCGUUUUUUAACAUGAACAAUGUCAACGAGCUGUUUAAUCUGGAACAUCUCUUAGAUGAAUUCAAUGGACCAAGAUUAUGUAGGGUCCCCGGAGUCACGGAUAUGAUGACCAGGUACAACGAAACCGUCAAGAAAUCCGUCAACCUAUCCACGAACGUCCCAAUGAAACCUUUCAUCGCCAUUGAAUCAGUUUACAAUGCAGGUAGAAGAACUGUCACUGAACUGGUAGCACAUGCCUUGGGAGGCGUGUAUUCCACAAAUCCUCCGAAGAUAAUGCAGGGCUUCUCGACGGCAUUUGACGGCAUGUUUAUAAGGAGGAAGUAUUACGCUCUAUCUAAAUACGCCUCCAGUAACCUAGUCAGAGGGGCCAGACUGUUCCAUCCGGUUGUCAUGGAGAAGUAUUACUAUGAUCAAGCCGUUUUCAUCAUUGCAAAAACCUACAUUGACACAAACCUACCACCAGCUGACGAUCCAAUAUACGAUUGGCCACCAGAUCUCCUCAAGCCGGACUUGGUGUUCUUCCUCAACUACCCUGACGAUCCCACGACAAAUCUCUUCACCCAGAAGAUGGUGACUCUGUUCAGGACCAUGAGGGACCCGCCAGUGGUAGAGAUUGAUGCAGGACAUUCUGUUCACAUCAUGGCGAAUGACAUCAUCCACAACAUCAACAGCGCCUUGGGGACGGAGUACCCUCUUCUGUCCGACCAUCCUAGAGAGCCGCCCAAGAAAUAACUCCGUCCGCUGAGUAAACUGUGAUCAAGCAAACAUUUGUUCUUUUUCCCAUUAAGUCGAACACAGCUCCUUCCGUUCACUCCAUUGCAUCAAAAUAAAUAAAUAAAACUUUA